AUGCCUGCUGCUCUUCCGCAUAAAACUUUAAAUUUAACAGAAACAUGGAGAGGAGUAUAUUCUGCAGGAUGGGGAUGCUCUCAAUUCAAGAGAGUGCGUAGAGUUAUUGGUGGUUACCCAGUACAGAAUUCGAGAUGGCCUUUUCUGAUAGCAGUUUAUUAUAAUGGCGUAUACGAAUGCAUGUUUUCCUUAAUUUCAUUAAAAUCGGCCAUUGGACCUGCUAGCUGUUUGAUUGAUAAAAACGUUUUGUCAUUUCAUGGGAGAAUAGGAAACGUCGAUAGGUAUAAAGGAACUAAGAUUUUUUUCAAAAACUAUGUCAUUCACAAAUCGUAUAAAUGUUCGUCAGAAGAAGACAAUAUAGCUUUACUAUUUCUUAAAAAACCAAUAACUAUAUCGAGUACUAUUAUGCCUGCUGCUCUUCCGCAUAAAACUUUAAAUUUAACAGAAACAUGGAGAGGAGUAUAUUCUGCAGGAUGGGGAUGCUCUCAAUUCAACCGACCGUGCACUUCUUCUAUACUACAAGAAAUUUAUCUUCAUUUAAUACGUUUAAACAGUUAUUGUCUAGUAAAGAAUUACGUUAUUUCUGAUAAAGAACUAUGCCUUUUUCGCUGGCGUAAAUCCACUGCAUUAGGAUCGGGAGACUUAGGCGCACCAUUAAUGGGAGAACUAACCGAUUAUCACAGGAAGACAUUAUUAGGUAUCAGUAGUCACACUUUUGAUAAUUCGACUCGAUUCGAAAUUUUUACAUCGAUUAAAGUUUAUUAUGAUUGGAUAAUAGAAAAUAGUGAAGGAAAUUUAAGUUUUUUACUUUGAUUUCUAUAUUCGAAAAAUUAUGACAACUGACAGCAAGAAAUUAAACGUGAAAGCGUUGGUAAGUGAAAUGAAAUUAUUGUGAUUUAAUUGAUAUUCUUUGAUUUAAUGAAAUACUUAUUUUAAUGAUUCAAUACGGUGAUCUUCAAAAUUAUAUUCUCUUUGGUUCCCUCUGGCAGAUUUUUGUAGAACUCUAAGGCAAGAACUGUGAAGUACGUGUGAAGAACAUUUCGGUACUAUUGUUAUUCUUUGAAUGAGAAGGAUUAGUUUCAAAAGUUUGGAUAAAGUUUAAAAAUUUUUAUUUUUCAAUGUUUUGAGGAAAAAAUUAUAAAAAUAUUGAAUGUUGCUUUGGAAUUCUACAACUUAUGGAAAAAUGUAUUCGAACAUAGUUUAAGAAAAUAAAAUAUUUUAAUUUAAACAAGAAUAUAAAAAUGUAAUGUUUAAAACAAAAAUAAACAUUUUUGUUCAUUGGGUU